GGUCAGAGGUGAGACUCUCCCGUGAUCCGCAUAGAGGACUUUCCCGUGAUGUCAGGGGGCGGGGCAAAGGGCUGCCAUUGUCACCGCCUGAGAUCCUGCUCCUUCAAUCUGUCAAUGCGAGGAGGGAGGGGAAAAUGCCAUUCCCUUCUCAUCUCAUCGUAACCCUACACCUUUACUUCAUUUUCAACCAAGCUAAACCCCUCUCAAAUCCUUCAACUGAACCAUUCCCUUGACCCCACUGCAAAACUCUCAGGUAGUGCAAUCCAGACCCUAACUGCAAAAUGUAAAGAACUCUUUCCCUCUCAUUGCAUUUGCUUCUUUUAUCAACUACUUUCAAUCUGUGCCCUCUUGUUCGUGAUUCUUUUAGGAGUGAGAUCAGUUUCUCAUUACCUACUUUGUCUAGACCUAUGAAACCCCUGUACCUUCCUAUGAUAUGUCCUCUCAGCUUUCCAUUCAAGAAUGAAAAUAGUCGCAACUUCUGCAAUCUACUUCUACCACUGGAGCUGUUUAUCCCUGGAACCAUUCCAGCAAAUCGUCUCCAAGACCUUCAUGUACAUCUGUAAAAUGCAGCAUGGGGAGAAUCCUAGAGUUGCUAGUUGUUCUCUUUGGAGCAGGGGUUCUCUCUGCCUGUCCCGAGAAAUGCUUUUGCCAUUCAAAACUUGUCGACUGUCGCGGCACUGCCCUGGAGAGCAUCCCAGUGGAUAUCAAUCCCAGCACACAGACAUUAUUCCUGGAUGGAAACUCUCUGACUAGAAUUCCUCUCAAUUCCUUCAGGAACCUGGGACAGCUGAACUAUCUCGGUUUAUCCAGUAACUGUCUCCUCCUUCAGAACAACAUCUUUGACCCUCUGCCAAGACUGCAGGCUCUGGAUCUAUCUGCAAACCACCUAUCAGAACUCCCAGAAGAUCUAUUUGGAAACCUCUCCAAUCUCACCUGGUUAAACCUGGCCAACAAUAACUUACACAGCCUGCACCUAGGGAAGUCACUCACUAAACUGACCUACCUGGAUCUGUCCAACAAUAACCUCACAGUGUUCCAAGAAACAUUUAAACAUUUUCCUCAACUCGACACUCUGUUUCUCAACAGUAACCAACUCAAGACACUCCCAGAGACAGGUUUUAGUCAGCUGCUUCUCCUCAAAGUUCUUGACUUGUCAAACAAUGAGCUUAGCUCCCUGCCUUCCCAAUUCCUCAAUCACCAUCACAAACUGACCGACCUGCGAUUAGACAAAAACAGGUUCAGAACCUUCACUGCAAAUCUCUUCUCCCAGCUGCAUCAUCUCCAGUAUCUGACCAUCUCCGGAAAUGUCAUCAGUUAUUUUCCACCUGAGCAGUUUGCUAACUUGACAAAGUUAUUGAAGCUCGACCUGUCCAACAACUCAUUAAUAUUUCUCCCACUGAACUUGCUUUCCAAUCUCAGAGAGUUGCAACUGCUAAAACUCUGUGACAAUUUCAUUGACACCCUGGUAGCUGACACAUUCAAAUAUAAUCUGAAACUCGUCUAUCUGCAUUUAGAUAGCAACAACCUCAGAAGUCUGCCGGUAUUUGAUGGGCUUUCACAGUUAGAAGAGUUGACCCUCUCCUUUAACAGGCUGCGAGGCUUUCCAAAUGGAUUUGCUGAUAACCUGGUAAAGCUGAACUGUCUCCAGGUCACUGACAACCUCAUCGAGCAAUGGGAUAUCAGAGUGUUUCCAAACAUCACCUCUGUGCUCCUGAGGAACAACCCAAUCUGCACAGUCAACGACUCAGGAAGACAACCCACCAACAUUGACUGUACAAAGGCACAAUGUUAAUCAGCUUGAAAAUGAUUUUGAAAAGAAUCUCCUUUCAGUUUUAUGUUUUAAAAUAUCUGCAGAUUUACCCUCAGCCUCUUGGUAGUGUGAGAACUUGGGAAUUGCUGAAAAGAGAAACAUUUUUGAAACUGGAUCAACAUGCUGAACAACUGUUUCACAUUGUUUCUAUGCAGAGGCCCCAUGAAGGGUAUUUUCCACCAACAGGAUGUAGCUAUUUCGUCACACAACUGAGCAAGGUCCCUGCAUGAUGUCAGGGUCAUAGGCCAUGGACCACCAGUGAUUGGCUGAUCAAAUCAAACAGGAGCUCUCUCCCCAGUAAGGCCAGACCCAAUCAGAGCCAACUUGUCAAUGAAUCAACACCCUUUCCUCCUGUACUGUAAAUUGUUGUGAUGGUUUGAAAUUUGGUAUUAUUGCAUUAGCCCUGAUGAGGGCGAAGCAAGAAGCUCAGAAACACACCUGCUUUUUGAACAACAUUGACUAUUAGAUGGAAGCAAUAGGAUUUGGCUAGUAAUGAGCACAUCACAUUAAUAAAUGCUGUUACUUUCA